AUGACCAUGCUAAUGUUCAACACAUUUUUGAGAACCGUGGUCAUGGUAACGAAUCGUAAAAAAUUCUGUAAAUUAUUGGAGCAUAUCAGGCAGAUGUAUGAGGAGUUGAUGAUGGAACGUGAUGCGGAAAUAUGUCGAAUAAUGGAAGACCAUACGGCGAUGGUUUUGAAAAUAUCGAAAAUAAAUCUCAUCAUGGGCAUGCUGACAACGGUGGGAUUUACAGUGUUUCCCAUCAUUUCGGAGGAGAGGGAAUUUAUUUUUGGCAUAUACGUACCCUAUUUGAAAGAGUAUCAAAGUCCCUGGUAUGAGAUACUGCUAACGGGCCAAAGUGUUUUAAACCUCUCGGCGAUGUGUAUAUUUAUAGCAUUUACAGCAAUGUUUAUAUCGUAUUUUAUGUUUGCCAUAGCCAUAUCAAAGGUAUUGCAAUAUAAACUGAGUAGAACUUGUACAGAGGUUUCUUCGAAAAUUGUUGAGAGGAAAAUUGUUGAGUGCAUUAAGUUGCAUUUGAGAUUAAUAAGUUUCAUUGAACAAAUCAAUGAGCUGUGCGGUUUUAUUGCCCUAAUGGACUUUUUACUAUUUGUCAUUGUGCUGUGCAUUAUGCUGUUAUCAUUUAUCUUGGUAAAGACUGUAACUCAAAAAUGCAUUAUAACAGUUUAUAUCACCAUGGUGUUUACCCAAGCUUUUCUGUUAUACUACUUUUCCAACGAGGUGUUCUAUGAAAGUCUGCAGAUUUCAACAGCCGCCUAUGAUAUAAACUGGUUUAAUUAUGAUGUUCGCACACAAGUAGUUUUGAAGUUGUUGCUCCUGAGAUCCCAGAAACCAUGUGCAAUUUUAAUUGUCAAAUCGUAUCCAGUUAAUUUGCGAAGGCUACAGGUACUGGUAAAGAUAACCUACAGCGUUUUCACUUUGUUGGAAAAAGUUUAUGGAUAA